AUGCCACGAAAUCGCAGACAUACACGCUCUGAUAACCUAACUCCUAAUGAAAACCUUGAACAAUUUUUAGUAGGACACCUAGAACAAGAGAAUACACAACUUUGUCGCGAUCUCGAAUAUGAGCUAGCGAUUAAUAGAAGAACCAUCAAUAAUCUUAGAAAUCAGGUUAACAUUCUCGAGAAUCGAGAGAACAUUUUUACAGCAGUAUUAAACAACCAAGGUCAAGUUAUUCCAAGGUUGCGUAGACAAGAUGCUUUCAUUUAUAAGGUAGAAGAAGAUUUUGAAACUAGUGAUUAA